AUACGUCAUCCACUUGUCAAUGACAUUUUUUAUGCUGUCUUGUGAAAGAAUUGCUUCACUUUCUGCCAGCUGUCUUCUCGUAAUUGUAAUUUUGAUAUCGAAUAUAGCAUAAACUUGUUGUCUUCCUGCGAAAUUCGACUGUUUGUUAAAGCUACACGGCCAUCUUGCGACGAAAUGCGAGGCUGAUAAGCACUAUUACUUGUGGAACCUGCGAACUUGUAUACCACGUACCGUACACAAGGAACUCGGUACAUAAAAGAAGUGAAAGACUUGAAUAAAUUUGAAAAGCCAAAGAGAUAUAUUCUCGUUUAACAAGUAUUGUCAAAUUUUGUGGUUAUUGCAACUAUAUACUGGCAUUAAACUAGUGUACUUUAGUUUGUUUUGUUUUGGCUUGCGGGGUUGGAAUUGGAUAUGGUUCUAAACGCGGUUCGUCCGUCUAAGAACGUUUUAAAUAAUUUCAAUAAUAUGUCAACGUAUCCUCCAUGUAAAAGGGGAGUUUCGUGUCCGAAAUGCGCCCGGCGAAGGUCGAAAGAAGCUAUGGAGAAUCCACCAAAGGGUCGGUCGCGAAAGGGGACAUUGCUAGAUGCAUUUCGAAAGGCAGUGAACGCUUUGGAUGAUUUGGAUUUAGUUCCGCGUGCAAAGAAAGCCCGUGCUUGUAGGCACAGACCAGCUGCGCUCACCAUUUAUGUAAGGCGAAGGACAGAGAAGGUAUAUAAUGCUAUCAGACUUAAUCAAAAGACAGUAGAGGAAUUGGAACAGGCUCUUGGUGAUAAAUAUAACUUUGCCCCAAGUUGUGUGACUAGUUUCACGAUGUCGACUUCGGACAGUUAUCAGAAACACAAACGCGAGAGGUGAGCUAAGUUUUAAAUUUCUGAGUGUAUACUUCACAUUUCGUAGUUUAAAACUGCGAAGUAAGAUAUUAUAAAACGCAGAGCUUUCAGCAAAACUAGUUUUGGCUGGUUGAAACCAGUUCGAGUGUGUAAAAGUACAGUCUGUGACAUCAUUGACAAUUUAAUAGCCAUGCUGAAUGGCACAUAUUGUCAUUCUUUUCAAAUUCAAACAAAAAACGAUAUGCCAUAAAAAUAUAACUUUCAGUAAGCAACAAUUCUUUGUGGCUUUGAAGAAAUAUUUGAGCAUGAAGUCAUUAUAUUUUGGAUUUUAAAAGUGGGUAGAGUAAGUCAGGAAGGGUCUUCGACUCAGCAAAAUAUUGGCUUAGCCUAUCACUUUGAAAAUAUGUGCAAAAUUAGUGUGUUUCCUUCUAAAUUAUGAAAAUAUUGUUUAUGAUAUGAAAGUUUACUGUGUAUGUACAUACAAGAGAAAUAUUUAGAAUGUCUAUAUUUUUACUACAGUUGAUGAUCAAUAUGAAAAAAAAACAUGUUAAUUUUCUUUCUGUCUCCAACUGUUUCCUGCAUACAUGGUUUGUCAGCAAGAAUUUUAGAUCUUCACUUGAAAAAAUCGUUGGAGUUUAACAUUGUUGCUGCAGGGAUGUAUUUUAUCAAAAUUUGGUAAACAGGAUUUGAAUCUCUUGAUAUUUUGCCAUCAUUGUCUUAACAAGGAAGUACAUUCAAAAACUGGUUUCAUUGUUUGAGACAACUCCUGUUGACAUAUGGUGAUCUUUGUGUCGCUGAUUAGCAGUAUUUUUUUAAAGACUGUAUGUUGCAAUUAUCUUGAGAAAGUUAAUGUUUUAUAAAAUUUUUAACAAACACUUUUCCAUAAUUUUACUAUCCUGUUGAAGUAUGAGUUCGGAUAUGUACUUGUUUUACAAAGGGGUCUGGGAGUCUUGAGCAUCAGGCUUUGAUUUAGAGUUGGAUGGCUAUGGGUGAGAUACCAUACCAGAGAUACUAUAAAGAAUUUUGUAGAUGAAAACCAGAUCUUUUGGAUCACUGUUAGUCCCUGAUGCCAGACUAUUGUGCAAUGCAGAUGAUGCAUGUAAUUUGAUACACAAUAUAGUUCUGCAUUUUUUCUUCAACAUGUUUUUCAUUUUAGUUUGAUUUUUGUAUUGAAAAUAUCUACCAGCCCUUAGAGAGACAAAUGAAUGAGGCAUUUCUGAAGUAUUUCUGAAGUAUUUCUGAAGUAUUUCCCCUGUUUUCUUCAGCAUUUUUUAUAUAUGCCAUGUGGCACAAGUUUGUCCCAUAUAAAAUAUCAACUUGAUUCCCACCAGCAGGCCAAAGGAAGUGAAAAUGCAAACAAAUUUAUGUCAAAAUUCUCAAGUGAAGUUUUUUUUAAGUAAUUUCUAAAAUUAUGCCGAAGAAGUCUGAUAAAAAUCACCUGAUUGAAAAUGUACACAUUAUUCGUUAUUCAUUUGCAUGUGCUGUGCCUUCCAGACAGACUUAAAUGUUUAAUGAUGUGUGGGAAGCCAUGAUCAGCAGCAUAUCACUGUAAUAUUGAUUACUCAAAGUAUAAGAAAUUAAUCAAAUUUUGUGUCCAAGAGCAAAACCUCAAAAAAUAUUGCAAUUUACCACAUUUGAAGACAUGUAUAGUAGAGUAUUGCACUGUGCUAUACAAUAAAGGAUCACAAUCCGUUCAUGUGAUUUUGUUUGCAAAGUUUGCAAAUGAAUUCUACCAAGCCGGAAAAUAAUUCAUGGGUGCCAGACCCUUGUCAGGCACCAAUUGGUUGGUUACUGACAAUUCUCACUUAGUGCCGGACCAAAGGUGGAUUUUCAUUUAUUUAAAAGGUGGGGUAGACCAAUUUCUGGUGGGGUGCAAGUGGCAUCACUCAGUGAGCUUCGGCAGGGGUUAGGUGUUUCGUUUAAAGCCUUUCACACAAAAUUGGAGGGGUGAAGUGAAGAUUAGAUAGAUUAUAGGGGGGGGGUUAACCCUAACCCCCCCCCCCCCUCCAGUAAAUCCUCCCAUGUGCCGGACAUCACUAAUGUUGUAAUAAUAUUAUAAUACUAUAUUUACUGUAAGAGGCCAUAUUAAAAAAUAAUUCACAUGUGGCCAGGGGCAGCAAACUCAAAAAAGAGACUAUCAUAAGCAAAUUGUGUUGUGACUUGACAUUUUCACAUGAAAUUUUCAUGGCCAGUUCCUCAAAAAAAUUUAAUGUAUUACAACGUGCACUAUGGCUAGCUAUUGCUUGCUUUGCAAAGGAACAAAUGUGUUCAAAGUAUGUAUCUUUCACUUUUCAUUAAUAUAAUUAUAGCUGUAUCAGUGUAUGGUACCAGACAUACAUGUACUGUCUGGCAUUUGCCCUUUUUUGUACGUCAGACAAUGUCUGUCCAGCCGCUUAUUUUCAAGCUUGCAAUAGACUUACCGUAUGUUUUACAUUUGGCUCGUUCCAUGGACAAUCGUGUUUCUUAAUUGGUUUCAUAAGCCCAUUUAAAAAUCUCACUGUACACCAAGAUGAGAGUGGGCCAAUGCAGGAGAGAUUCACCUAUGCUGGUACACAGAGAAAAUUUGUUCUCUCUGUGGAGGAUCGAGAAUGUGGGAAUGGGAAUGGUUGCGCUGUUUUGCACGAGGAGUUCUGUUGCAAUUUGCAAAUGAUUUCAGGAAUACAAUAGCUGUGUGUGGUUGAAAAAUAUUUAAAAAUGUAUUUGUCUGUUCAGUCAUCCUGUUUAUCAUUUGAUAUAAAAUUUAUACAACCAAACAUUUUUGAACACAAGAAUAGGUGUUAAUAGAUAUUUCCUGAAUUUCUUUGAAGGCACCCAAGACAAAAGCUUGAAAUCAAGGCAGACAAUAUAAUAUUUUAAAUAUGUAGUUGUCAUUGCCAGGUUGCAAAAUUUGGGAAGUGUCUUUGCUGUGUUAAUAAACAUACUGUAAUUUGAUCUUUCUUUUUAUUUCAAUAUUCAAAACGUUUUGGUUCAACAUUGAGGCUAAUUUGCAUAAACAUUGUUAAAUGCUUUCUGUAUCUUUGACUCAAUUGGUCACAAUUUUUAUUAUGCAUCUUAUACAUGUAAACGUUCUGUUUUACCACAUUUUGUUUGAAUUAAAUUUUCUUGUCUCGGGCAUGAAAACUUGCAUGAUGGUUAUAACAAAAUAUUCUCACGCCUUUUGAAAAUGUCUGAUAAAUUUUGUACUUUUUUGGACAUUCUGAACUUUUUUAGAAAGUGACUUUUUAAUAGUCGUGCUGGAGUCAAUUUGUUCAGCCUGGCUGCUAGUAGCAUACAGGCUUCAAAUAAUGUAAUAUAAUAUAUUAUAAAUCCAUUGAAGCUUGGCUGCUAAUACAGGCUUCAAAUAAUAUAUGUAUACUAAAACUGUCUGUACCAGUGUGGGUAGUGCCAAUGUGAAAAUGCUGUGCUGAGUGGUUAUAUUACUACCUUAACAAGUAAGCAGAAACUCGACGUAUUGAGCGAAGGCCCUUCGUCAAGUUAGUCACUAACUCUUGACGAAGGGCCUUCGCUCGAAACGUCGAGUUUCUGCUUAUUUUUUAAGGUAGUAAUAUAACCACUCGGCACAACAUUUUCAAAUAAUACAAUAUAUUAUAAAUCCAUUGAAGCCUGGCUGCUAAUACAGACUUCAAAUAAUAUAAUAUAUUAUAAUAUAGCAUUUGUAAAUUCUGAACGCUGAUUGGCUAAGAGCCGUGUUGAUAUAACUCCAUGUCAACACGGGAAAUUUUCCGCCGCUUGUAACACGGAAAUUGUUCUUAUUCUUCGGGCUUUUGACAUUGCUAUAUUAUAAAACAAAUAUAAAACAUUUUUCCGUAUUGAUAUAUAGUUAUAUCAACACUCGUGGAAGUUGGGAAAACUCGAAAUUGUGUGAAAACACUCCGCCCUUCGGGCGUCGUGUUUCCACACAAUUUCUCGUUUUCCCAAUUUCCACUCGUGUUGAUAUAACUGUAUAUCAACACGGAAAAUGUUUUAUAUUUGUUAAUUAUAAGUCCAAUGACGACUUUGGGAAUAAACCAUUGAGGGUGAUCCAUUUAGUAUGUAUGCAGAUAAGGGGGGAGGGGGAGUCAGAAAGUUUGCAGUUUUUGCUUAUCCUACGCCUAUUGUUGAAAUUACGUCAUUGCUAUACCACAUAUAAAAAGAAGGAGGAGGAGGGGGAGGUUCAAUUUUCGAAUUUUUGCGUACGUACUAAAUGUGGUGUUCAUGUUUUUACUAUAUUUAAAUUGUCAUAAUAUGUAAUUAGAAAAAAUAUUGAAAAAGUUUCAAAAUGGUAUGCAACGUUUCUACACCUUGUCUUGUAGUGGGGUCAUAUGCUUCGUAUUACAUGUAUAUAGAUUUUGAUGCAGAUUUCCUUGUUUUAAAACAUACAGUAGCCAGGGUUUUGCCCCGUAUAUGAGAAUAAUUUUAGACAGUUAUUUGUUGUUGCUGAUGUUUUGUGCUGAAUAUACAACUGCAUAUCAGCUUUUGGAAGUCAACCCGGCAAUCAAUAUAUAUUGCAUGUCGUAAUAAUGACCGUAAGUUUUGUAAUUAUAAAUAAAUAUACAAGAUAACUGUGUAAGGCACUAAAGCCAGGUGUAGAAUUGGCGGUGAAUCAUGAAGUUUGUUGGCAUGACGUAUGCAAUACGUGUGAAGCAGAAUGUUCCGGAAAUGUCCGGAUUUGCUAUUUUCUUGUUGUGUUGAAAAAUUGUAGCAUAACUUAUUUAUAGUCUGUAUGAAAAUAUCAUAUGAAGAUAAAACUUAGUAAAAGUAUCUGGACGAGAUUUAUGUAGGAAUGGCAUUUUUAAUAUAGAAAUUGAAUGACAUUAUUCUGUUCAAUAAUUAGUCUGUUCAAUAAUUAUGUACCACUGCAUGAGGCACUGGUAAAAACGUUGCAUAUUAUUUUAUUGGCACUUGGUCAUCCUGCCAGCCGCGAAUGGUACUAUUAUACGUUUGGCGCGUAUUUUGUCGUGUAUGAAUUAUCAACCUAAUUUCAUUCGUAUAUAAUUACAUUACGUGUAACCUACACGCCGUAUUUUACGAGAAUAUACGUAUGAAAGUACAGUUGUACUAUACGAACGUGAACGGAAUUGUAGAAAAUUGUCAAUAUUGCCACACUCACCUUAUAAUUACACUGCACCUCACGACACCUAAAAUUAUGUACAAACAUUUUAACCCUUACUUGUACAAACGUCUUUCUUUUUUGGCUUCGUCGACAUCACUAGUGAUCAUAGUGCUUAUUAGACAGGCCAAAAUUGGUGCAUACAUAAAAGUAAUUGACCUUGUAGAUAACAUUUUCGCGAGAUCCCUUAUAAUAGUUCACAAUGUGGUCUGCCUUAGACGUAAAUUAGUAUGAACAUGUAGAGUAGGUGAUAAACUCCUUCACUUCCCAAUGUAAAAUCAAGUUGUGCACUGAUGAACCCGAACGUGGAAUGCCCGUGAAGACAGAGACACUACUGCGCGGCAUAGUUUGUGUAAAUGACUCAUUGUGACUGAUUUGUUUUUAAUUUUAGACUGUAGUAUCGGGUUUUAGUACUAUCCCGAAAUAGAACCAUGUGGCAUUUGUGACAUGGCUAUUCCCCUCUAGUGUUGAGGUGAAGUAUCAAGUGGGGUCAUCUCAGAAGGUAGAGUUGCCGGUAUCCUGUCUACCUAUGAAACAGAAAUGAGUGAUAACCUGACCUCAACAUAUAUAUAAAUUCAUGAUUAAAUAAAAAUACAUGAAAACAAGUUAAAUUUACGAUUAUAUAAAAAACGUUUCUGACCUCAACAAGUAUAUUAAUUCAUAAUUACAUAAAAAUACAUGAAAACAACUUAUGUAAAAAAGUUUUCAUUUCUUGUCAUGCAAGGUCAGGAUAGGUUUGUAUAUACUAUAUGUACACCCAAUACAGGACUAUAUGUCCUGUAUGUAACGUGAAAAAAACAACCAAAUUGAUACUUACUAAACAUACCCCGAUCAUGAAAAACUAGUUUGAUACCCCGAUUAUAAGCGGCAUCAAAUUUUGUGAGUAGCGGUACAUGAGGCAUCCGCACCUAUUUCGUUUUAUGAAAAAAACCUUGCCGCAGAGAAAGUCGUAUUUGUACAGUAAUUUGUUUCCGUCAUGUGUACUAAAUUGAUAUGAUUUGCCUUGCAUGCCAACUGUUUUUCAGGAUAACUAACUCAAGGACACAAUCAGGUUUAUGUACGACCAACGCGAUCAGGAUGAAAGGUUUUGAUCACCUUACACGAUAAUAUUUAACUUUAUACGUGUAGUUGUGUGUCUCACUACUGUGUGUUUGUGCAAUUGUCGUUGUGACGUUGGUCAGAGUUUGUGCAUUUACGAAUCCCGGAAUUUCCUCCUGGCUUUGCGCCAUUACAACAAUUUAGGUAGGCAGAUCUGCAUAUGACCAAUGGCUUUGCACUUCUUCUAAGAGAAAAAAGUGUUAUUUGAAUCAAUUGGAUGCAAACAUUUUCUUUUCGGUUGCUAAUUUCAUCUAGUGCAUAACCUACGGUAUUUCGUCCUGCAUGAAGUUAAUGUUCAAUAGCUGAUGGUUUCAUUUUGGUCUGUAAUUGCAGACAUGCAGCUUUUCCCGCCGUACAAAAGUUAAUCUUUAAUUAUGUGACAUGCAGGAUUCCUUAAUUGUUGUUUUGGUAUAAGCUAUGGAAAUCCUGGGUUUGUACAGCUCCCCCAUCGCAGCGCUUGACGGUGUUGUAUUUGUUCACUUACACUGUUGCCUUACAACUUCGUACCGCCCUUUAUGUAAUAUGCUUAAUAUUGAAGAGCGUGUUACUUCAACUUGUCAUGUCCAUGAGUCCAAGAAUCUCCAAUGGACAAAAUUACGUUUUUGAUGUGAUUUAUUCUUCUGACUUUGUUUAUACAUCUAAUUUACUCGGACAUUAAAACAAAGAAAUUGCAAAGAAAAUAACUUGAAACUCGACAUACAAGUUAGAACAAGACUGUAGUCAGUACAUUGGGAUUUGAAUAAUUAGUAUAAUUACAUAGGUGAUUAUUGAAAAUUCUCCAUGGACGCUGAUUGGUUGCCGUUGAGGUGAUUAUAACGCGAUAAUCACCUAAGCGAUUUUCCAAAUGGCCGCCGAAGUCAAUUAAAUGACGAAGAAAUGUGUAUUUUUUUCUUCCAAAUAAUCGCCUAUGAAAUUAUACUAAAACAAUUAUUCACCUCAGGCUCGGUGAUUAUCGUGAAUAAAAACCUCGACUUCGUCUCGGUUUUUAUUCACGAUGAUCACCUCGCCUUCGGCGAAUAAUUGUUUAUUAUUGCACUGUUAAUUUGUGCAAUUGCAAUUUUUGCGCUAAAUGGAGUAAUAGACUUUCUUCAUAUAAAACUACCGUUAUUCGAUAUUGGCCUGAUUUAUACUAGAGACGCAUUAUCCGUCUGACGGAUGAUCUGUCUGUUUGCCGCGUUUGUACUGAAACGAACUUUAUUUGCUCAAGUUCAUCCAGACAGAUCGUCCGCCUCUAGUAUAAAUCAGGCCAUUCUUUUAUGUUCAUUAUAAUUUGGCCCUUAUAACUGUGCAUGGUUUUGAGUACCAGUUUCUAUGAAAUUGUAAUAGAGGUCAUUUCAUUGAACAUAAGAUGUCAAAUUGGCAGACUAUUCAUAUGAGGGAAGCCUAUUGCCAAUGUUUUAAGGUUGUCCACCUCAACAAUAUAAGUGUGAUUCUCUAAUGUUUGCUAUGGUGAACACUAGAAACCUUAUAUUAUAAUUUUCAAUAGCCAAUUUUCUGGACUGCUCUGAUUUGACUUGUAUUUUGAAUUUUAUGUCGAUUUCUUUGGGAUUUUUAUUUGUUUUAUGUAAUGUGGUUGUUGAGUGGUCUUUUCUCCUGCGCGAAAUUCUAGGUUUUGUGGUUGAGUGCAUGGUCUUUCCCCUGCGCGAAAUUCUAGGUUUUGUGGUUGAGUGGUCUUUUCUCCUGCGCGAAAUUCUAGGUUUUCUGAUCUAUAUCUAAACUACAUUGAUGUUUUUCAGGUGUUUUAUUGAUGUAACGGAGGAAAUGGUGCAGAAGUUCGAGGACGAAGACGAUUUUCUUGUUGACCUAACAUAUGAUAUUCAGACUGGUGUGUGCGAGAUUAAGUUGACUAAAGGUACAACGGUACCUGAAAUAAUAACCAGUAAAAAGGAAGAGGAUUCCGAAAUCAAGAAGACUAGUAAUCUGCCAGCUCCACGAUCCUAAAGUAUAAAUUGGUGUUUGUUGAUCGCAAAGUGCAUAGUUUACAGAAAAUAAAUUUCUGUAGCUUUUGUUGGUCCUAGAAAAUAAUCGGCCAUUUUUAUUGGUCCAAAAAUAAAUUUUUAAAGAUGCGUUAUGCAUGCAGAACGAACAGCUGUAUAGUCUGGAGCCUAAUAGUCUAUCUGAGUGAAUUUCGUGCUUUCGUCAUCAACCUAUUUACAACGAUAUAGGGUGACUUUUCAAAAAAUACUCUAUAAUUUAGGAUAUAACAAGUUCUACAUGCCAAGUAACACGGAUUUUGGGCUCCUAAAGUGUUGAGUUUAAAUUAUAUACAAGUGCAAUAUUGCAUUAUUUGUAUCAAGAACAUUAACAAUGGCAACAAUAAACAUGAACCUUAUAUGUAUGUAUUUGAUAAGUACGAUAGCUAGGGCAUUCACGUCCGAUCUACAUGCGAUUAACAACCACUCGCCUUCGGCUCAUGUUUGUAAAUCACAUACAGAUCGCUUUAAUAAUUCAAUCAAGUGUGUACCUGGCUUUUCUCCAUGCUGAAUUAAUGAUACGAUAAAGUUAUUAUUCCUAGAGGGUGUUUAUAUGAAUCCUACACAAAGCGCUGGCACUUAUACGCGAUAUUCCGCAUAUACUAAGGGGAGGGCCAGCUUGAGAUCUUGCCUGAGGAAAUUUACCAUAUAAACGCAACAGAGUCAGAGAGGGCUUGUCCUAUACCAGUGGGGGCUGAGUAAAAAGCUGGCCAUAUACGUGCCAAACUUGGCUUUUCUAAGUCUAUUUCGAUUCAGAUUUAUAGCUCUAGAACAAUAUUCAAUUGUUGGUUAUUAUUCGAAAAUUUGCUCGCUAAAAUGAUUAUGGACUUCGUAAGAAAAUAAAUUUGUUGAAUUUUCUCAUGUAAGCACCAGGUGAAAACCAGUCCUGGUUGGGCUGGCCCUUUAUGUAGAACUCGUGUAAACAUCCCGAUAGUCUCUGGUAGGAUUUCGUGUUAUAACAUGUUUCGCGCACAAUAGGUAAGGGAUAUGGUUGUGAUUUGGGUUAAGAUCAAAGAGAAAUAUAUUCGUGCGCGAAACAUGAGGUCAGUAUAGCCUAAGUUGUAAAAAUAGUUGUGUUAAAUUUUGAAACUUAAUUUAUUAAGUAUGGACAUGUGUAUGGAAAUAAGUAAGUAUGGAAAGUAUGGAAAGUGUAAAAUACAUAACAAUCCC